GAAGAUGAAAUGUUAUUUAGGACUAGUGCUUAUAGCAAACACUGUAAAUGCCUUAAUCUCUAUAAAAGCCCAGAACACAACCGUAGAAUAUGGAGGAACAGAUAUAGACAUCAGUUGUGUAGUGAAUGGAACGUCCCUAGCCAAGGUGAUCGCUAUCCAAAUGAAGAGGUCCGACACAAACAUAGUAGCCAUUGUAAUGGACAAAGGUGUUUCAUGGCAAGACAAAGAAUUACAGAACCGGAACGGUGUGUCUGUUAAUGCCUCUAUAAGUAACGUCACGUCAUCUUAUCUUCGAUUGAUGGUAUUGAAAUCAGCUGUCAGAUAUCCAUCUGACAUGGGUAGUUAUCACUGUUCGCUCAGUGCACAUGGUGAUAGAUAUUCCUUGAAGACUGAAGAAUCUUCAAAACUAUUUGUGAAUAUUACAGGUUUUGAAGAAACUUUUACAAAUGGUUUUGAAGAGGCUUUUACAAAUAGUAGGGGCCUAUGCUGCAAACUUCUUUUGUUUUCCUUCGUAUGCACUUGUUUUUGGAUUAAUUGUUUUGACGAUAAUGGAGCAAACAUUCUGAUGUGUAUUGUAUUGUAUUAACGAAUAUCAUCCUACAACUCUUAUUUCAGGAAUGUGUGAUAUUUUAAAGUCAAUUUAAGUUGU